AUGGGCGACACAGAGCCACUCAACCUCUCUGUUCAGUACAUGGCCAGUACAGAGUCACUGACCACCUCCCUCUGUUCACAAGUCAAGACCUGCAAUGGAAGUUACAACGAAAACCCGGACACAUUAAUAUACGAAACCACUUACCUGCUCAUACAUCUGUUCACUGGAGGACUAGCAACUCUUGCCAUCAGUCUUUUUGGUGUUCUUGGCAAUGCCAUCAACUGUUUCGUCUUCUACCGUCAGGGUCUGCGAGAUCGCAUGAACCUUUGUCUCUUUGCCCUGGCCCUCGCGGACUUUUGUUUUGUUCUGUGCUCUGCUAUGUACAGUCUUGUAAUUGUUCUUUUCGCAUUCCAUGUACAAGACAUCGGCGAGAAGGAAUAUGUCAAGACUGUUGCUUAUUGUUCAGGAGUUAUUUUCGCGUGUAGAACUACUUCCGGUCUGUACCUUAUGGUCAUUGCCGUAGAGCGCUGCGUGUGCGUUGUAUUUCCGUUUCGAGCAUCGUCACUCAUCAGGACGCGAACGAUGGGGAUAUUGUUAUCCACCAUAGCUUUAAUAUGUCAGCUUGGCUUUAUAGGUCAGUCACUUAAAUACAACGUGGUCGAAAUAAAAUUUGGGGGACGCAGUCGAUGGCAGCUUACUCCUACAAUACUAUGGCUUGACAACAGAGUUCUUAUUGACACCGUUGUAUACGUUAUCUUCGAAAUUAGCGUCCCUCUCAUCAUUUUUCUCAUCGUGUCUUUAGCAACGGUUAUCACUGUGAUAAAACUGUCAUCUGCAAUGGCCUGGCGACAAAAGACGAGUUCUUCAGGUACGGAUCAAAACGAGCGGCAGGUGGCGCUGACUAAGACCCUGGUGUUGGCCUCCAGUGUCUACAUCUUGUCUAUGACGCCUUUAGUCCUGACCAAAGCUGUGCGUGUGUUUGUAGAGGACUUCUCAGCCUACGGAGCACAUUCUCGUUAUUAUGGGAUCUACAGCAGUCUGGCCUCAGAGGACGUGAGAGGCACGUGUUACCACGUGGUAGUUCCAGAAGCUCUGAGCUAG